AAUCGAAAUUUCAUUUUGAGAUAUUACAAUAUAGAAGCUAGGAUAUACCUUGAUAUAUUGGGUAUUGACUAUUGGGGCAUUUUUACAAAAGGGUAUUUUUUCUUGUGAUACUAUACCUGGUUGUAGGACACUUGGUACGGUCAACCAGAAAAAAAAAAACCAUGGACAGUUUGUACUAUUUAAGGGAAAAAAAAAUAUCAAGAAAUGAAAUGUUAGACAUCAUAAAAUUUGUUAUUACAAAACACAUGUAGUUAAUAACGUUAAUAUACAUAAGUAAUAAUAAUAUUAAACAGGGCUUCGAAUUGUAUGCAAUAAAAAAUUGUGAAAGAUGAAUUUUAUUUACCAAAAUAUGUAAAAAUAAGCAUUCUAUAGAAAACGAGUGGCUACAAGAUUAGGCCAGGACAUGGUCGAUCCAAUGAACACACUGACGAUGAUGUUACCGGGUACAGCGAUUACGUACAACGGAGAGGAAAUCGGUAUGGCUAACGACACGAUAAGAAGGGAUCAGACAAUUGACCCAUUUAGUAGAAACGGCGCUAUGGACAGAUACAAAGUGAACUCGAGAGACCCGUACAGGACCCCGUUUUAUUGAACCGAUACACAGAACGCCGAUUUUUCGACUUCCCACCACAAGUGGCUUCCCGUGAACAGCAACCAUUAGUACCUUAACUUGGCCUUUCAAAAAGCGCACGUAAGAAGUCACUAUCAGACACACAAAACGCUGUUGCGACUCCGUUUAUCUCCGACGAUAGACCAAGGAAAUCACACCACGCACACGCCAUCAGAUUGGAUUUUGAUUUUGACUAGAUAAUUGGUAAACCACGAGACCUGCUACAUUGUGUUUAAUUCACACACUACUCGUUAGGCGAUCGCUACUGCACUAUGAUGAACCUUUGUUACAUUAUUGUUUUAAUAACAACCACGUUUAGUACAAAUUCUGAACUUGCAAAAUUAGACUGGUGGCAGACCAGUGUAAUUUACCAAGUAUACCCAAGAUCGUUUAAAGACAGCAAUGGUGAUGGUGUUGGAGACCUGAAAGGUAUAGAAGAAAUGGCCGGACAUUUUAAUGAAACAGGUAUUGGGGCUAUAUGGUUGUCCCCAAUAUUCAAAUCUCCCCUAGUUGAUUUCGGUUAUGACAUUUCCGAUUUUGUAAAAAUCGAUAGCACUUUUGGAACAAUGGAAGACUUUUCAUCACUUCAGAAGAAACUUAAAUCGCUUGGCGUUCGUAUUUUAUUGGAUUUUGUGCCCAACCAUUCAAGUGACGAACAUGAGUGGUUUCAAAAAUCAGUCAAAAAAAUUGAUCCAUAUACUGAAUACUACGUGUGGCUUGACGGAAAGUUGGACGAAAAUGGAAACAGAGUACCUCCAAAUAAUUGGCGAAACUUUUUUGGCGGAAGUGCUUGGGCGUGGUCUCCUGAAAGAGGACAAUACUAUUUGCACCAGUUCAUGGUUAAACAACCAGAUUUAAAUUACAACUCUUCUGCUUUAUUAGAAGAAAUGAAGAACGUACUUAGAUUUUGGCUGGAUAUCGGCGUCGAUGGAUUUCGCGUAGACGCUGUACGAUACAUAAUAGAGGACAAUGCGUUUGAAGACGAACCACUGAUUGACCCAAAUAUUAAAGAUGAUAAUUACACAUAUGCUUUGUUGAACCAUACAUCAACUAGAGAUCAACCAGGUUCAUAUAAAAUGAUCGAAGAAUUUAGAGCAGUGUUGGACGAAUACUUUAACCGGGAUGGAAACACAAGACUGUUAUUAACCGAAGCGUACGCGCCAAUAAAUUACACGAUGAUGUACUACAGCCAGCAAACACACAGGGCUCAUAUGCCGUUCAAUUUCAACUUUAUCUUAUACUUGAACAAAACGUCGUCGGCCGUCGACAUAAAGAAUACGAUCAAUCUAUGGUUGGACAACAUGCCUCCGGGUGAAUGGGCCAACUGGGUGUUAGGGAACCAUGAUAGAAAACGAGUGGCAACAAGAUUAGGUCAGGACAUGGUCGACCCAAUGAACACGCUGACGACGAUGUUACCGGGCACGACGAUCACGUACAACGGAGAGGAAAUCGGUAUGACUGACGGCACGAUAAGAUGGGAUCAGACGGUUGACCCAUUUGGUAGAAACGGCGGUAUGGCCAGGUACGAGGUGAACUCGAGAGACCCGUGCAGGACGCCGUUCCAUUGGAACAAUUUGCAGAACGCCGGUUUUUCGAAGUCCCAACACACUUGGCUUCCCGUGAACAGCAACCAUUGGUACCUGAACUUGGCCUUUCAAAAAGGGCACGUAAGAAGUCACUAUCAGACGUACAAAACGCUGUUGCGACUCCGUUCAUCUCCGACGAUAGCCCAAGGAAAUCUCACCAUGCACACGCCAACAGAUUGGAUUUUGAUUUUGACUAGACAAUUGGUAGACCACGAGACCUUCUACAUUGUUUUAAACGUUGGGUCGGAACAAGAAACAAUUAUUUUAAGUGAACUCUUUAAGGAUGUACCGCUUUAUAUGACCGUUCGUUCUUCGAGCAUAAAUGCAUGGCAGGCUGAAAAUGAUUACAUUGAUACAAAAAGUCCACUAGCAAUGCGACCCAAAUCAUCACUUGUUUUAUCCAGUGGCGUAUACAAUGGCAGUGGCGUGGGAGUCAGAUCCCCCCAUUGGUUUCUUAUAUUUUUUUUUUGUUUUUGCUUACAUUAUGCAGUAUGCACUAUAAUGUAAUAUUUUAUGAUAUUUUGAUGUAUUGAGUUAUUGAAUUCUGACAAUUUUGACAGUACUGAAUAUCAUUAUAAUUUUAUUUUUUUUAUUUGUAGCAAUGUAAUGUUUAUUUAGUCGAAAUCACAAUGAUGACUAUAUAAUGAUUAAACUUUAUUAUAGCUUAUAUUAUUAUUUAUAGAUACAAUAUUUUAUAUAUAUUUUAUAUGGACAAAAACGAAAUUUCACUUUAAGAUAUUAUAAUAUAAGAACUAUGAAAUAUCUCGAUAUAUUGGGUAUUGACUAUUGGUGCACUUUUACAAGAGAGUAUUAGCUGCAUAGCUCAUACGGUCAUACGCAAAUACAACAAUAUUUUUUAUCUCAUUCAUUCUCUUUAAAUUUACUGAUCUUAGAAUAUUUAUCAUUUUAUAUAGCUUAAUAGAACCUAUGUUGCUGGACGAAAAAGUCAAAAACACUUUAAUGAGAUUAAUGCAUGAGACACACAAUGGAUUAUAUUUAUAUAUUGUUUUAAAAAAUAAUGCACUUAGUAUUUAAUUUUACGUUUUUCUAUUAAUUAUAUAUUAAACACUUAAAAACAAUUUUUUUCAUUAUAACUAUAUAGGAAUGUAUUGA